GUAAAUCUUUCCAUUUUUUUAUGCAUAUUGGUUAGUUUUAGAGCAGUUAACCUGUUGAGCAAUGAUUUUAUGUUUUUAGAUGAUUUUUUAACAUCGUGCGCAUUUAAGGGUUAGGUAACAAUCGUGCUAGCGUACUGCGAUUAUUAAAUUUGCGCUUCCUUAGAUUUAAGGCUUUGGUUACAAUUUCGAACACACUUCAUCACGGUCGAACUCACAACUCUGAAGCAACUUUUAUACAAUGGCAAAUUGAAAAAAAAACACAGAUUCGAAAAAUUAGUUUGUAAAAUUUGCACAUUCAGUAUUCCUGAUGUUUCUAAAAAUUUCGUUUGAGUCAUGCAUGUGUUACAGCAAGAAGAUAGUUACACGCUAUCAGAAAAGACGCGUGUGCGUGUUCUCUGUUUUGAGUGUAGUAUUCGUUUCUCCCUUCCAGCAGAUACGUAUUUCGGCUUCUACUUGCAGUCUUCAAAAAAGUACUUAGCCGCCGUGAAGUUUUUGGCUGUUAGGAAGUAUGCGUUACAUUUUAUUCUAUCAAAAUGCUCAAGGAAAUUGAACAUAUUUUUCACAUAUUUUUAAUGUACAAUUAUAUAUAUUUCAAUUGUAUAGUUUUUUAGCAGAUUAUUAAAUAAUAUCUAAUCAGCGCCAAUUACAUGCCAAACGGAUCUUUUUUUUCUAAACCAUCUGCUGACGUGUUCGCGCUGCGUCCUGUAUUUCGACAGCAGCCAGCGCUAGGAUACGUACAUGUGACAAAUUGAGAAUCAAGAAAAAUACCGUACAACUAAACAGCCCCAGCAUUUUGAAUAAUAACAGUACUAGCAACUUCUUGAAACUUUUGCAUAUUAUAUAAUAUUUUACGAGAAGGAAAUAUUGUGGAUAGAUUGGUGGUUUUCUUUACGCCAGAAAACUAUCUUGCCAAUGUCGGAAUAUCGAUAAUAAUAUCGAGCCGCCGAAAAUACCGAUAUUUACAAAAAGGGUUAUCGAUUAAAUGUCGAUAAAAUAGUUACAGCCCUACAUGAGAACAACGUCAACAACAUAUAGAAGGCUGUUUUUCUGUUUGCUUUUACGCUAAUUUUAAAUUUCACUAAAGGUUUUGCACAAGUUUAUUUUGCUUCAAAGUUUCAAUUACCAGGAAUAGGGAUAUUUCCAGUUAGUGUUCCGCUUGUAUAAAAAACAAGAUGAACUCUUGGCAGAAACAACUGAAUGUUACUGAGACGCUAGUUAAGGUGGAAGAAGUUGAUAGCACACAUUCCGAAGUUGUUGCUUCCGGAUAUAUUGUCAGCGAAAUUCAAAAGUAUGAACAUGAUAUCGAAGAUGUCAUCGAUGGGACAAACGACUCUUAUCCCAAUGACUUGCGUGUGCCAGAUUCGGUUUCCGAGACUCAAUUGAAUGUUUCCGAGCUGCCACAAGAAAACGAUAACCCACUCGCAAACUUUACGACUAAGGGAGAAGUCGACAACACACGUUCCGGGCAACCAGAACCUUACUUUAUAGUCCCGAAUAUUCAAAGGUGCGAUAUGGAAGAUGAAAUCAACGAUUUCAGUUAUGAUUUGCCCAAGCCACCUACAAUACAUAGCGAUACAACGUGUGAGUUCUGUGGAAUGAUUUUUGCAAAUCAAAAGUCCCUCAAUGGUCACAUACGCAAUCAUCACCAAAAAGAUCCUUGCAAGUUUUGCUGGAGCACUGUUUUAUCGAACGGUGUUCAAAAAGUACACAAACAUUUGUGUCCGCUCCGGUCUACAUGUGAAAUCUGUGGAGUAGAGUUUAAAUCACUCAAGAAUCACAUAGAGCGCCUACACACGGAUAAACAAAGACAUUAUGCCUGUACAGUAUGCUCGAAAAGAUUCGUCCGUGCCUACCAGCUGACAACGCACAUGCUAACCCAUACCAGGCAAAAGCCCUUCGAAUGUGCCACCUGUGGAAAAAAGUUUGAUAACGCAAAUUCUUUGGACGUUCAUCAAAUUGCUCACUCCAACAUCCGGCAGUACAAGUGUGACAUCUGCGGAAUGCAGAUGAAAUAUAGUCAUCAGUUGAUAAGGCACCGGAAACUACACUACAAUGCUGGAAGGCACAAUUGCGACAUUUGCAAAAAAAGCUUCCGCCGUAAGCAUAGCUUGGUGUCCCAUCAACGCCUUCACAGGGAACCAAACAGUGCGUUUCCGUGUGGCAAUUGCGAAAAUGUGUUCGUUUCAUUGAAAUCCUUAGAGAAACAUUGGACGACCAAUUACGAUUGUUGCAAACCGGCAAUUGACAACCGUGAUGGGAUUAAAAAUGAUUCCGAAGCGGAAAACCCUGAAACCUCAUAAGAAUUCGUUUAGUGUACCUAUUUAGUGUGAAAAUGAAAAAGCAAACCUUGUCUAAAUAA